UUUUUUUUUUUUUCUUUUUUCGUUCGAGAUGGGGAUGGAGGCGAAGAUGGGGACGCACGUUGAGGUAGUGACUGGCUCGUUAUUGGCAUUUGGAUGUCCUUUUUCUUGAGGUGCCAGAUGGAGAGAUGGAGCUGUCACCGACACGGUCAUGCUUGACCUCGACGUUUACCGACAUGUCGACAACUUUGAAUGUCACAUACAUCCGGGGCUCAUCAGGGGGUUUUCUCCCGGGAUGCAACGAAAGAGUGUCAAAGGUAGACGAGGGGUGACGAGGAUGGGAGGAAAUGCAUCUAUCAUGGUUUAGAGCUGAGGUGACU